AUGAACAAGACUUUCCUGUGUAACGACACCGCAAUGACGGUUGUGGUGGCUGGAGAGGCUCUCCCGUGGAUGGAGACCAACUUUCCAGAGCGCAAUGUCAGCCUGGGGCUCUCCACCGCCCCUCUGGACUUCCCCAUCAACCCGUGGGAUAUCAUGCUUUGCAUGUCGGGCACUGUCAUCGCCUGCGAGAACGCCAUCGUGGUGGCUAUCAUCUUCUAUACGCCAACCCUGCGCACACCCAUGUUCGUGCUCGUAGGAAGCCUAGCCACAGCGGAUUUACUGGCAGGCAUGGGAUUAAUCCUCAACUUCGUGUUCCAGUACGUCCUCUCCUCAGAGACUAUUAGCCUUAUUACUGUUGGGUUCCUAGUGGCCUCCUUCACGGCGUCCAUAAGCAGCCUGCUGGCUAUAACAGUGGACCGGUACUUCUCUUUAUACAACGCACUGACUUACUUCUCAGAGAAGACGCUCCACUACGUGCACCUGAUGCUAGUGAGCACAUGGGGCGUGUCUCUGUGCCUGGGCCUGCUGCCUGUGCUAGGCUGGAACUGCCUGGACGACCCAAGCUUGUGUAGCAUCGUGCGCCCACUCACUCGCAACAAUGUGACAUUGUUGGCGGUCUCUUUCUUCAUAAUCUUCAUACUCAUGCUGACCCUCUACUUCAAGAUCUGCAAGAUCGUGUGCCGCCACGCGCACCAGAUCGCUCUUCAACAGCACUUCUUCACCACAUCGCACUUCGUGGCCACCAAGAAGGGUGUGGCCACGCUCGCCAUCAUCCUAGGCACCUUUGGCUCGAGCUGGCUACCCUUCGCCAUCUACUGCCUGGUGGGAGAGCGCGAAUACCCGUCGGUAUACACAUAUGCCACGCUGCUUCCGGCCACCUACAACUCCAUGAUCAACCCAAUCAUCUACGCCUACCGUAAUGCCGAGAUCCAGCGCUCGCUCUACGUCCUCUUCUGCGGCUGCUUUCAGAGCAACGUAGCCACCCACUCCAGGUCACCCAGUGAAGUUUAGAGGGGUGCUGAGUGAAAGUGUGUAAGUGUGUGUGUACGUGUGCAUGUUGACAACCGACAAUUCGCUUUCAGUUGACCAUUAAAUCCUUUAAACAAAAUGUAUGUCUAACAAGCAUCUGCACUUUAUUGCGACUGAAGACAAG